AUGAGUGACCCAGUAGUUGCAGAAUUAUUAAUAUACCCAGUCAAGUCUUGUGCCGCUAUUAAAGUGAACGAAGCUAAAACAACAAAAUAUGGUUUGUCACUAACAACAAAUUCGCUGCUAUCAGACAGACGAUGGAUGGUUGUUAAAAACAGAAAACAACAAACUCUACGACAAAUAUCAAAAAUGGCAUUAAUUCAACCUUCCUUUACAGGUGAAGGUUUAAUUCUUAAUGCUCCUGGCAUGCCACGAUUGCAACUAUCAUUGAAAUCUUUACCAGACGAAAUAAUUGAAGUAGAAUGUUGGGAAACUCCAAUUCUUGGUCGUAAAUAUCCGGAAAAUGUUUCACAAUGGUUAUCUGAAUUUCUUGAAACACCAAAUUUAGAUUUAGUUUAUUUUGAUGAUCAGUUUGAACCGAGAUUAUCCAAAGAUGUUGAGAAAGAACCAAAUGAAUGUCGUCCAACUGAUGUUGUUUCCUAUCACGAUAUGAGUCCAGUUCAUUUACUCACAUAUGAAUCUGUGGAUGAUUUGAACAAACGGUUAGAAAAUCCAGUUAAAGAUUACUGGCGUCAAAUUCAAAUUGGCAGUGCAAAAUUAAUUUGGAUUCGUCAAUGUUUAAGAUGUCUCUUACCCACUGUAAACCCAGAAAAUGGAAUAAGAGAUCCAUCAACAGAACCCUGGAAAACAUACCGACUCAAAAAAGAACUUUAUGGAGUCCAGUGUCAAUUUGGAACUUAUUUAGGCGUAGAAGAAGAUGGAAUACUGCAUGUUGGUGAUGAAAUAAAAAUAUUAAGAGAAGAUAAAAAUUUUUAG